UCCACAUUCCUUCGCAUCUUCCGCUCUGCCGGCCGGCCGGUCGGCGCGGGUCCCCAUGGCUGUUGCCGCCGAGGGCACGAGCAGGCGGAGGAUCCUCGACUACCUCAACGACGGCGAGGAGUUCGGGGUCGCGGGGCCGCCCUCCUCCGCCGCCGCCACGCCCAGGCCCAGGUCGCUCAUGCCCAGGUUCCGCUGGGCGCGGCUCGCCAGGCUCGGCGGCAAAGCGCGGCCGCCGAAGCCGGUGCUCGAGGAGGAGAUCGUCGCCGCGGACGACGAGGGCCAGCUCAGGGACGCCUCGGGCGCCUCUGCCUCAUCAGCACCAUGCGCGGCGCCGCCCGGCGACGGCGAGACGACGAGGCCGUCGGACCUGAGCGUGGGGCUGAGCCUGGUGUUCCUGCUGGCCAAGACGUCCGACGAGUUCAACAAGAUGGCCAGGGUGCGGGCCGAGAUGGAGGCGCUCAUCAGGGACUUCAAAGGCCAGCAGGCCAUGGAGACGACGGCCAACACCGGCGCCGACGACGAACCCCGCAACCCCGAGUCCGCCGCGUCGAGCUGCCUCACGGACGGGAACGAGCCGCAGGCCGCGACCGCGCGCUGCGAGGACCAUCGGCACCAGGUCGCCUCCUCCUCCGGCGCGGAGAUGGAGGCGGCGAGCCGCAGGAGGAUGGACGUGCUGGAGGAGGAGUUCCACGCGGAGCUCCAGCGCGUUCGCGCCGGCUACGGCCCGGACACGCCGCCGUUUUCGACGGGGGAGGAGCGCGACGAGGGCGGAGCAGAGCCGUCGGACGACGACGACGACAUUGCCGACUGCCGACAGGGAUUCGAGAGCGACCUCGGCGACGACGACGAUCAACAUCACCACGUUUACGACGAGGAGGAGGAGGACGAGGACGACGACGACGACCCUGAUCGGUACCACGGCGUGUCGGCCGUGGAGCUGGAGAGGAGGCUGCACGAGCUGCUCCACCAGAGGAACCAGGAGCGGAUCGAGGAGCUGGAGGCGGCGCUGCGGCGCGCCGAGAAGCGGCUCUUCGACAAGGAGAUGGAGGCGUCCCUCUGGAAGGACACCGCCAAAAUGGCCUUCCGCCACGACCACCACGACGACCACGACGACGACGACUCGCCGUAAACUCAUGAGGAAUUUCGUGCGGUCCUUUUUGUCGCCAUUAUCAUCGAUCGGCCGUGCAUUACAUGAUUACGGAUGAAGCCAUUAGCCAUGAGGCUGGUCAUAGUGGGAGUAACAUAGGUAGUAACAUAGAUGCCACAUAAGCAAAAAUGGUGAUGUGGCAAGUAGUUAAUGAGGAGAGAGGCAAAUAGAGUAACAUAAUAUGUUACCAUCACAUAGCGGUUUCCAAUGCAUAAUGAGUCUACAAAGUAAUAAAUGAAGGCAACUAUGUUACCACACCUAUGACACUACCCACUAUGAAGGUAGUAACAUAGACUAGUAACAUAUGUAUGUUACUAGUCUAAGUUACUCCCCACUAUGACCAGCCUGAAUGGAGGCGAAUUUUGGGACCUUUAAUGCGUGAAGAAGCAGGCAAUCGAUCGGUGGUGGCGUCGGAUGGAUGGUGGACUGUAGGACGGGCCUUGUGUACAGUAUGUCACUACUGUUAGCAACUUAUAGCUGGAGCUGUUCAUACCGCCAGGGUUUAGACUCUUGGCACUGUAGGUUAUUACAUGGGCAUGGCUGGGAAUAGGAUGGAACAGGGUAGGAUAUGCUCAGCUAGAAGCCUCACUGAUUUUGUGAUCCAUGUAAUGCAAUCGAGUUCGGUGUCUGUUCGUGCAUAUCACUCGUGUGCAGUUUCAGAAUCAGGACAGCAGUUUCACAGCCUGCUCUCAGUAAGAAAUUGUAGAUGUUUUUACAGAUAUAUAAUCAUUGUUAAGGACU